AUGCUAACGCCAAUGCUAAGAAAGACUCCAUCUAAAUUAGCAGUUAUACAAGAAAAUGCUCCAAAAAGAUAGUAUGUAACACCAUCAAUGCCGAAGUACAAAAGUGAUUCCUCCAUCGAUAUAGAGGAUGUUGAUGACAAUUAAAAUUAACGAAAAAGAAUUUAAACUGAACAAAAGCGUAGAAUGUUUAAGGACCUUCUCUAUUAAUCUAAAAAUAGCUAAUCCUCUGUCUCAACUAGUAAAACUCUGAAUAAUGUAAUAGCUUCAAAAAUGAAUAAAGACAUAAGGGAUGUCAGAAGUUAACAAACUGUGCAUAAUAAUGUUAAAUAAUAAACAGCAUAACAAUAGUAAAACUAAUUCUAACAACAGAUGAAUGAGUCAUCUUUGUAAAAAGGACUUUAAUUGAUAUAAAGAAGAUAAUCUGUGCGAAGAAUUACCUUCGGUUUGUCACAAAUGAAUUAAAGAUAGUCUCGCUAAGAUAGUCUUGGAGGUAUAUAGAAGACAAAAUUUAGAGUAAAUAUGGAAUUCUUAGCCAGUGUAGAAUAGUGCUUGAGGAAUUCUUUCAAAUCUUAUAACAAUGGGGACAUUAGAUUUGCUUGCCACUUUUUAUUCAAUAUAAUCAGAAUAGCUCAUCUAAAGCCUCACCUCGCUUGGCUUUAAAAUGAUUUUGAAAGCGAAGUAAGAGCUUAUGAAAAAAUAUCUGUGCAAUACUACUAUAUGGGUGAUCUUUAAAAGAGCAAGUAUUAUCAUCAAAGAGCGCUGAGAGGAGAAGUUAUAGGAGAAGAUUUAAGAAGAUCCGAAACUAGUUUUGAAUCAUUUAAAGAAGUUGACAAUAAUGGAAGUACAGUUGUAAGCACUCCAUCAAAUCGGUCAAGUAGAAGAGGACUUAUAAGUAGUAUGAGAGGUAUUACUGAGGACAGAGCAAAGAUCAGAGUUCAGUUGAAUCAGCAAACAUACGAGGAGGCUAUGAGGGAAAUUGAAUUUUAAACGGAUGUUUUCUAACAGUAUGAAAUUACAUCCUAGCAAAAUGGAAAAAAUUCUGAAAUUGCCUAGCUCAUUAUUGAUAGUGCUGCAGACAUAUAUAGUAAACACUUGUCACUAGGAGUGGGACCUGUAAUUAGAAUAGGAACUCCUGUUACUGAGUUAUCUUUGUCAUAACUUCCAUCACCUCGAGGAAUCAAAGAUGAUGAAAGCAAAAGCAAGGAUGAGGAUAAUAAUUCGGAGAAUAAUCAAUCAACAAUGAUGCGAGAAAUAAAAUUAUUGAGAGCAGUAAGAGCUCAAACAGAAUCAGCUGAAAGAAAAAAGCCUUUAGAUCCCUUGUUUUAGGAAGUAAUCGGUAAAAGAGAUAAGAGGGAAGAGAGAAGAUAAAGAGGAAAGAGAAAUUAAAGGAUGUCAAUGUCAUUGAUAUCAACUAAAUAUCUUUAUGAAAGAGCCUAUGAAAAGAAGUAGGAUUAUAAAUUAAUAGCUAGGGGCAAUCCUAAUUAAGGAAUUGUUAAUCAUCUUAGUGAAAACAGAAAUAUGAAGAUAAAAUUUCAUCUAGAAAAAGCCAAAUAUAAAAGAACUUAAGAUGAGUAUAAGGAUUACCAGAUAUGGAUGAGGACUUAAAUUAGCAUGUAAUAGAAAAUGGAGGUAAAAGAGUAGAAGGCCAUUUAUAUUGAAGAAGGCAAGCGCAGGAGUAUGCUAAAGAUACUCUAAAAACAGAGUGUUAAACAUUAUGGAGGGUUAAACUUGUCAGCUGCAAGUACCACUAUCAAUAACUUAAAUAUUAACUUCUCUAGCUCCAAUGGAGUAUCUAGGUAGAGUUCUCAGUUGCUAGGUAAUCUUUUAAGCAAACUAUAAACCCAAAAAUCUAAUGGCUCUCAAAGCACCUAAUAAUGA